AGGGCCAAGAAAACUGUGGUCAAAUGGUUUUCCUGCUUCAUACGACCAAUGGAUGAGGAGGACGGUGACAACUCUCUUCAUCUUCCAAGACUUACGGAGCUGCAAAGAAACUGCGUCAAGGAGGAGGACAUUGCCUGUUCAGCGCUUGCUGUGGCAGUCCAGCCCUCUUUGUCAGAUUCCUCAGAAAUGGAGGAGGUGCCCAUGGAGGCCAAAAAUGAGGUGGAAGAUGAGGACAAGAGCUUCCAGAAAGAAGCCUUGGAUGAACCUGCCAUCUUAGCAGUUUCCCCGGAAAUGGAGAAGGCAACCCCAGAAACCAAAAACGAGGAGGAAGAAGGGAUUCAGAGACAUCCAGAGCCAAUGGGGGACUGUGCUGAGGAGGAGGAGGAGCAGGAGCAGGAGGAGGAGACCUCUCAGAUGUUUGACCAGGAGGAGAUUUGCCCUUCUCG